AUGCCUAAGCGCAAGGCAGAAUCGAAACUUUCGUCGCUGGUGAAUGGAGACAUAGAGGACGAUGAUCUGAGUCGCGUCGAAGAUGAUGAUAACGCGAGCAUAGAACCUCCGCCAGCCAAAAGACAGAAAGGACGGCCAAAAGCCGCUACGACAAAGGCUACGGCCGCGGCAACAAAGACCACAAGGAAAACGCGCUCGAAAGUGGUGGUGGGCCCAAAGAAGCGUGGUGCGGCGGCAGGGCGAAAGAAGACAGCCAAGGUGGUUGAAGAGCCGCCAGCUGAUGAUGUGGACAGUGCUGAGGAAGAAAAUGAGACAUUAGGGAGAGAAGGGGUUUCAGAGGACGAGCUCGAUUCGCCGGAGACCGUUCAUAACCAAGAGAGUCAAGAGAAAACUCGAACACGAGGGAGAGCAAAGGAUACCGAGACCAUAAAGGACGGGGAAUUCGAGUAUACACCUACAAAUACCAAGUCAGCGGCAGUUAGAGGACAAAAAGGAAAACAAACGGCAAAACAAGCAGCCAAGGAACCCUCUCCGCCUGUAGAGAUAACGCCGGAAACUGUGAAGAGUACAUCCAGGACUAGUAUAUCCGCCGGCAAAACACAAAGAUUCACGCCUUCAGGAGUCCACUGGGCUUCGCCUGUGAAAAGUACGAAUGUCUUGCCCCAGCACAGGACAUCUAGGCCAUCUGGGAUAAAACCGUGGGGCAGCCCUACAAAGGGUCGUGAGACGGGAGAUGGAGAGGUUGCUCUCAGGCUGAAACUGGGUGAAAUGACCAAGAAGUAUGAGAGCAUGGAAGGGAAAUACCGUGCCUUGCGGGAGAUUGGCAUAGUUGAGGCAAACUCAAACCUAGAAAAGAUACGGAAACAACAUGAGGAGACCACCGCAGCAUCUAAGCAACUGAUCAACUCCCUGAAGAGUGAACUAUCGAAGCAGUCAAGCGCAUCAAAACAGACCCGAGAUUUGCAGAAGCAACUUGAAUCACGGAACGAGGAAGUGGCUCAACUGCGACAACAACUCGAAGAAAUGAAGUCUGGCUUAAACAAAGCUCAGACAGAAGCCAAGUCACUACAAACAAAACUUACAGCUGCUAGGAAUGCUGCUGCUAAUGCGGAAAAAGUAGCUACAGCAAGAGGCUCUGCUGUCAGGUCAGGAGCUGUAACUAGGGAUACUGCCAAUGGUCUCUUGGAGUCGGCUCAGGUGGCCCAGCUCAAGGAAGACCUGUAUAGCGACCUUACCGGCUUAAUUAUCCGAGAUGUGAAGAAGAGAGAAUCAGACCACUUGUAUGACUGUAUACAAACUGGUCUUAAUGGAACACUUCAUUUCAAACUUGGUGUCAGCCACAACAUGGACAACCGAUCAACUGCCAGCCUGGAAGCAGCGGAGUUCCACUAUAUUCCCUUGCUAGAUGAGAACAGAGACCGAGAUCUGCUGGAGAUACUCCCCGACUAUCUUUCAUUCGUCCUCAUAUAUAGCUCAAUCCACCGCCAUUUCCCUCAGUUCCUCAUCACCUCAUCUUCUCUUCGUCUUUUCCAUCUCGUCUUCCUCUGCGGCCAUCCUCCAAAGGUCCUCCAUCCGUUCCUCGACUUAAGCUUAACUAAAAAUUUUGCUAUUUUUACUUUUUUUGGCGCGGGCCGGGGAGCUCUGUGCCCAAGCAUCCAAUCAGAAGCCCCUGCUCAAUCGAAGGCUUCGACAUUCUUCCGCACCCUCAUCCGUUGCCCGACACUGAAGAAGAAGCUGCUACUGGAGGGGGAGAGAAAGAAAAGCUGUGCCGCCAUGUCUCGCACAGGGUUGUUCCUAGCCCUAGCGGUGCUCUUUCACCUUAUCUACACCUACUCGAUCUUCGACAUCUACUUCGUCAGCCCAAUUGUCAGUGGCAUGCGAGAAUAUGGCGUCGAACGCGCUCCCAGUGCCAAAGCCCCCGCCAAACGCCUCGUCCUGUUUGUUGGUGACGGUCUGCGCGCAGACAAGGCAUUCCAAUACUUCCCGGACCCUUCCCCUCCAAAGACCGGCUGCUCGAAGGACAGCGAGGACAAUGUAACCUGUCCGGAACCCGAUUUGACGCCCAAACCACUUGCGCCGUUCCUCCGUUCACGCGUCCUGGAUCAUGGCACCUUCGGAGUAUCGCACACUCGAGUACCAACUGAGUCAAGACCGGGCCAUGUUGCUCUGAUUGCAGGCUUAUAUGAAGAUGUUUCGGCUGUGACAACAGGAUGGAAGCUGAAUCCUGUCAAUUUUGACAGUGUGUUCAACCGAAGCAGACACACCUGGAGCUGGGGAAGUCCUGAUAUCUUACCCAUGUUCAAGGAGGGUGCUGUCCCUGGCCGGGUCUCUGUUGAUAUGUACAGUGAAGAGGCAGAGGAUUUCACUCGGGAUGCUACAUUUUUGGAUAUCUGGGUAUUUGACCGUGUUAAGGAAAUGUUUGCAGCUGCAAGAGAGGACAAGGAGCUCGAUGCACAGCUCAGAGACGAUAAGGUUGUGUUCUUUUUACAUCUCCUUGGCUUGGAUACGACCGGGCACUUCUACCGUCCAUACUCAAAGGAAUACCUACAUAAUAUCCAGAUUGUCGACCAAGGCGUUCGCGAGAUCACUGAGUUAAUAGAGGAUUUCUAUGGCGACAAGGAAACCGCCUUUGUCUUUACUGCCGACCACGGUAUGAGCGACUGGGGCAGUCAUGGUGACGGUCAUCCAGAUAAUACCCGUACACCCCUUAUCGCCUGGGGUUCUGGAGUAGCUAAGCCAGUGAAGUCUAAGAAAGGUGUUGUUGCACCUGGACAUGAAGACGGUUUCUCCUCAGACUGGCACCUAAACGAUAUUAAGAGACAUGACGUCGCUCAGGCCGAUGUGGCUGCUCUAAUGGCUUACCUGGUUGGCCUAGACUUUCCCGUCAACUCUGUAGGAGAACUCCCACUCUCCUACUUAGAUGCCACUCCAAAGGAAAAAGCCAAAGCCGCUCUCGCCAAUACCCAGGCCGUCCUUGAAAUGUAUCGUGUCAAGGAGGAACAAAAGAAAGCUACUACUAUCAAGUAUCAGGGGUAUUCGUCUUUUACACAACCGCAGCGCUCACCGGAGGCUCAAUUAGCUGCCAUUCGCAAGUUGAUCUCGACCCGCAAAUACGAGGAAUCAAUCCUUCAAUCUAGAAGGCUGUUCCAGGAUGCAUUGGAAGGGUUGCGUUACCUACAGACAUAUGACUGGUUGUUCCUCCGCGCCAUUGUGACAGCGGGAUACUUAGGCUGGAUCGCAUAUGCCUUGGUCACGGUGAUAGACCUGCAUGUUCUGCCAACUUCUCCGGAGCCUGACCGAUCCGUCCCCAGCUUCAUGUUCUUUUCGUCCGUGCUCAUGGUUCUAUACUCUCUUCUAUGGGUUCAGCAGUCGACGUGGCGGUAUUAUGCAUAUGCAUUUUUCCCAGUUUUCUUCUGGGAGGAAGUGUUUGCUCGCCGUGCGGCCCUUGGUGCUGGGCGAAAGAUACUCCUAGGCCACGUUAAGUCGUUCACAGGAUAUGCCAUGUUUCUGUUACAAUCUAGUCUAUAUAUCGGGGUUUUACUGGGACUUGUUCAAUCAUAUUUCAACCGAGAGAUAUACACAUAUUGUUAUCUGCUUGGUUCCGUAUGGCCCGCUCUCUACGGAUUCGAAUUUUUGAACAAGAAUAAGCUACUCUCGGCAGCAUGGACCAUCAGCUGUAUUUGUAUGAGCAUCUUUACCCUCUUACCUGUCGGGAAACAAGACGAUGCAGAUACAGUUACCUGCGGAGGUAUUCUUAUGUUUGCCACUGGAAUGCUCUACUUGAUAUUCGAGGAAUCUAUCCUUUCAUCCUCGAAAAUAGGAACUCGUUCGGGAAGCACCUUUAACAUCGGGUCACGUAUUGUGAUGGGGGCUCAGAUUGGCCUUAUACUUCUUUCUAUCAUUGUUACUCGCUCCAGCAUUGCAUCUCUCCAAGAGAGAGCGGGAUUACCUCUUGGUAACCAAGUCACGGGCUGGAUUGCAAUGGUAUCAUCUUUUAUCCUACCGAUGCUACACAAGCUCUUCCCAACAGGACACUACUUCCACCGUCUGAUACUUCUGUUCCUCACCUUCUCACCCACCUUCAUCGUCCUCACAAUCUCUUACGAAGGAAUUUUCUACGUCGUGUACUUUGCAACCCUGGUCAGCUGGGUCCGACUUGAAUAUAGCAUCUACAAACAUACACUGCCCUCAAUACCCACCAGGCCAACGCUCUCCCGAGAAGAUACCCCUAGACCUACGUCCCCAGGCUUCAAACCGGCUACACCGAAUACUAACAAUUCCACAUAUCGGCCUCUUAACAUCUCUGACGCCCGCAUUGCCCUUUUUUUCCUCUUCCUUCUUCAAUCCGGUUUCUUCAGCACUGGUAACAUAGCCAGUAUAUCUUCUUUCUCCCUCGACAGCGUCUCGCGCCUCAUCCCCGUUUUCAACCCUUUCUCUCAGGGCGCUUUACUCAUCCUCAAAAUCCUCGUCCCCUUCGCUUUACUCAGUGCAACCUUCGGCAUUCUCAACCGCAGACUGCAUGUUGCGCCGUCAGCCCUGUUUAUGAUCGUGAUGUGCAUCAGUGACGUGAUGACAAUGAAUUUCUUCUUUAUGGUUCGUGAUGAAGGGAGCUGGCUUGAUAUCGGCACUACGAUCAGCCAUUUUUGCAUAUCGAGUGCGCUAUGCAUAUUUGUGGCUCUCAUUGAGUCCUUGAGCGGCGUGUUCAUUUCGGGAGUUGAGUUGGAUGGCUAUCGGGCUCAAUCCGAUCUGGGAGAGGAAAAGGACACUGUUUCCAGCUAG